AAAGUCUAAACAUAAGACAAAUCGAGACCUUCCGUGGCAGAAAUCUGGAUGGAACGCACCACAGUCGGAUUUAAAUAUUCUAAAGCUCACAGUUAGUGGGAUCCUGGAACAUAAGGACGACAAAUUCAGCGGGAAAUCAAUCAUCUGAUGUUUGACCAGGCCAGGGCAGGAUGAAAACGUGUGCUGAAACGAAGUUACAACUGAUCUCGUACGAUCUCGUGUAAGUGUACUCAUGAUUCGAAUUGGUACAUGCUGGAUUGACAGGAUAAAGUAGAGCAAGGAAGCAAGCCCACGUUCAGCGUAUUCUGCUCGACAAUUUUUGGUGAAAAAGAUAAGAUCAUGUACACUGACCAAGAUCUGCAGAUCGCUGUCGUGCUGAAAAGUGCGUCCAAAUUCGAAAGAGAGUAUUAUUAUAACUAAGGUAAACAAAUUUCCCUUGCUGACCUUCUAUUAGUUCCAACUGCAAGUUAAGUUUCGAUUUUGUGGCUACGUUGAUCAACCGCAACCUUUGUCGAGCCUUCAUACGAAUGUUAUGCUGGAGGCUACAUCAUCAACCGAUUUACUGUCGAUGGUUCUGGUCUGUACAAACGAGAAGCAGGACUACAGCGCCGUAGUAGAGCCAAAUCCAUGGAUCCAGCCGCUGCCACAGGAACCUCGACUGGAUGCUUACCGGGAGCUUCCGACUGAAAACCUGCUGGUGCGAACGAACAGGAGCUCAUCUCGAACAAUUCACCCGUGAGGCCGACCUUUGGGCUCUACUAAGACGAUGCUCGGGUGAGGUAUUCUUGGCUAGAAUAGAAUGGAGGCCUUAUGGAACAAUUGGAUCAGUGCUAUCUCCACCUGCCGAGGACGACGGACAGAAAGGACCAAUGUUGUAAGUCAGCAGACGAGCUGAAAGUGCACUCUAAUUGAAAGCGAUUGCACUGAAACAUACCCUUAUUGUCGGCUAUCUCUCACACCUGAACUCACCAGAAGUUCCCUUAUCUGGAUGGAUUUCAUGUAUGUCGCUCUGACUCCAGAAUUUUCAAAGAUCAGGGAUAUGAUACUGAGCUCACCAGCAUUAAUCUUGGCAAUAGCGUCGGCUAUCACAAUCGUGUUAUCUCAGGACUGGCGUAUAUUGUCCUAGUUGGUUAGGCUGCCAGGUGCAUUUUCAGGUAGCCUUACACUGCAUGAAUCAGAAGAAACUUUGUGGGUUUCAGAAAUUCGCUUCUGCACGCGACAGAUGAGAAUAUAGGCCUAAUUCCGAUGGAGCAAUAUGGAGUCACCUCAUGUGCAGCAGAUACGUUCUAGCUCCGGAGAGCAGGGCAAGAGCAUUUCUACCUACCGCAAGUGAUCCUUGUCCAUUUCCUAUUCUACUUUCACCGGUGGACCAGCUAUGAGAUGGGUUCGUAUGUUGAUGUUGUUCUCACUGGAGCUCAUGCAGAUUUCGAGAGGAAACGCAGCGUUACCUCCUGUGGAACUAAAUGCCGUCGAGGUUUUGCGCGAUACGUUUCAUCUGUCCAACUGGACAGGGGACCCGUGCGGCAACGUGACUUGGAUUAAGUGUUCUGGGAUCACAAAUUCAAAAGUCGAGACACUGGACUUGACAAGUUACAAUCUCACGGGAAACUUACCAGCGGAAAUUUCGAAUCUGCAGAAUCUCUUAUACCUACUUUUGGCAGACAAUCCCCAAUUGAGCGGGCCCUUACCAGACCUCAGUGGACUCAGUCUCAUGCAGAUAUUUAAUGCAAGGAAUUGUUCUCUAACAGGCAACAUCCCGGAUCUCAAGACUUCGAAUUCGCUGUCGACUCUGGAUCUGCAAAUGAACGAUUUCCAUGGAUCGAUACCUGCUGGUCUGUUCCAAGGGAAUAUUCGAUACAUGUACUUGAAUGACAAUCCUCAUCUGUCCGGAGGAAUCCCAAGCACAAGUCCACUAACUGCCAUUGAAAACUUUGGGUUACAAGACUGUAAUCUAAGCGGGAAUGUGCCUUCUUUCAAUACAGCUACGAAUAUGGAAUUUAUAUAUUUGCAGAACAACCGAUUGACAUCAUUCCCGCCUGACUUGCAAAUGCUGACGCAAUUAAGGCAGAUUCAUCUUUACAACAAUGAUAUAACCGGAAAUUUGCCAGAUCUUCCUGCAGCUUCAUCUCAAGGAACAGACCAAAACUAUGUUGAAUGGCUACUCUUCAGCAACAACCAGUUUUCUGGAGAGAUUCCAAAUUCUUGGUAUCAACUUACAUAUGUUCAAGGAAUGCUGCUCGAUUACAACAACCUGAGUGGAAGCAUACAGAAAGAGAUUGGUAAUCUCUUAAACGUGAAACAGCUAAACCUUAGUCACAAUCACUUCUCAGGACCGAUUCCAGAUGAAUUUGGCAACCUUAACAAGCUUGAAAUAUUGGACCUCAGGAAUAACCAAUUCAGCGGCGCUGUACCUCUGACGCUUGCUAAACUUCCGAACCUCAAAGCAUUGUGGCUAGACAAUAACAACUUUACAGAAAUACCACAAGUUCUGAGAGACAAGCUAGGCUCUAACAUGACCUAUGACUCUAACGUCAAGAUCAUAGGUGUAUCGUCGAAAUCUGGUCUAUCAACUGGAGCACUUGCUGGAAUUGUAGUUGCAGUCUUCGGAUGCAUCUUAGCGUUUGCAGUGUUGGCUUUCAUACAGAAAAGGAGGAGGAUGAAAACUGGUGAAGAUCAGGUAUCCAAAGGGGACAUGCCAAAGUCAGCCACGAGUUUUCCGUUGAAGACUAUCAAAUCCAUAACUCAAAACUUUACGACUUUGAUCGGGAAAGGAGGGUUCGGAUCGGUCUACUAUGGGAAAUUAUCAGACGGCAACGAGGUAGCUGUGAAAGUCAGGUCGCCAGACUCCAAACAGGGAGCAGAUGAGUUUCUGAACGAGGUCCGACUGCUUUCCAGACUACACCACCGGAGUCUCGUAUCUUUGGUCGGUUACUGUCUAGAAGCGCAGCAACAGAUCCUCCUGUACGAGUACAUGGAGCAAGGCACUUUGCACGAUCAUCUCUACCGCUCAGGAUCUAGCUCCAACCCGUCAACCAGUACAAUGUCAUCAAAUAGCUCAUCAACACUACGUGAGAUUUUGAGCUGGAAGAAGCGACUAGAAGUUGUGAUCGAGGCUGCAAGAGGGCUUGAAUAUCUGCACAAGGACUGCAAACCGCCCAUCAUACAUCGGGACGUAAAAUCGGCGAACAUCCUCCUCGACGACAGACUACAAGCAAAAGUCUCAGAUCUGGGGAUUUCCAAACAAGCGCCUGAGCUAGAUACAGAGGAAGCAUUAGUUUAUUCUGGAAUGGGAGUAUCCACGGUGAUCAAAGGCACCUUCGGAUAUAUGGAUCCUGAGUACUACAGUCGACGUAGGUUGACCAUCAAGAGUGAUGUAUACAGUUUCGGCGUGGUUCUUCUCGAGAUCAUCACUUGCAAAAGGCCCCAGACCCUGAGGUUUCCUGGAAGCGCCGCGACAACGUUGACAGAGUGGGUACUAGAUGCAGUGAACGCUAAUGAGGUCGAGUCUAUCGUCGAUCCGUUGCUGGGAAGUCAAUAUGACAGAGAGAGUGUGCUAAGCGUCGCCCGAAUCGCCUUAUCGUGUCUGCAUCCUGAAGGCGCACAAAGGCCAAACAUGGGUGACAUUGUGCGCACUUUAACUCAAGCGCUGCAAAUGGAAGGAAGGUACACGGACAGUUCUGUACCUGCUGCCAUGGACGAUGAAUCUGAGGACGCGAAUCUGAACUCAGUGUGCAACUGAGCUCAACGAAGUGCACUAGCCUCAGCUCGUCUUACAUUCGUGGAGACUUUCGUACAUCUAGGAACACAUUACGGAGAUAACAUGCGGCUGCACUACCGCGUAAAUCUCUUGCAUUUCGUUAGCCUUCUUGUACUUUGGAUACAACUCCUUGGGGUUCAUAAUAUAUUCAAAAUUCGUGUAAAGUGGAAGCAUUGUUUGGAAAGGUUGUGAUUCUCGGAUAAUUGCUAGUGUUCUUUUAAUCAGCUCUUUAAAGUUUCAGAGAGAAAACAAAUUUCAUAAUAAUGUGAAUAGAAUUUUAAUUCUUUUUAUCAUAUAUGAUAUGAAUAA